AUGGAUAAUCAAGAGGAGUUUCUUAAAGUUGCUGUAAGGGUUAGACCAUUUCUCACUAGCAAUAAUCCUCAACGCCAAAUAAUUAGGAUUGAAAAUGUAAAUUUUACCUCAGGAGAAUACAAUUCAUAUCGAUGAUAGUGAGCACACAAUCACAAGCCAAUACACAAAAGUAUUUUCUCCGGAUUCUUCACAGGAAGAUGUUUUUACCUUUGUAUCCCCUUCAAUUUUACAAACCUUAGAAGGCUACAAUACUACUAUAUUUGCAUACGGUCAAACAGGAUCUGGGAAAACACACACUAUCUUCGGCACAGGCUGGGAAGACUAUAAUUAUGAAGAAAAACUUCCGGGCGUGCUAAACCAAGGAAUAAUUCCACGAGCUAUCACAAAUCUUUUUUAUAACGCAAAGGAAGACAUCUUUUUUAAUAUGAAUUUAUUUCAAAUCUAUAACGAGCACCUUUAUGAUCUUUUAUUGGAUCCUGCUCGCGCGAAACCCUUAAGAAUAAGAGAAAAUAAAAAUGAAAUCUUUAUCGAAGGGCUUAAUGAAAGAGCCGUAAAAUCAAUUGAAGAUUGCAUUUCAUUGCUGUCAGAAGGUGUAAAAAAUAGGGCAGUUAGGCAGACUAAGCUGAAUAAUCAAAGCAGCAGGUCUCAUUCAAUUUUCCAGUUUUAUGUAAAUUCCUCGAAAGGAAAUUUCAAAAAAAGUAAAUUAAGUCUUUGUGAUUUGGCUGGGUGCGAAAGAUAUGAUAGGGAGUAUGAUAUGAAUAGCCCACAGGUAAAAGAAUUGAAAAAUAUCAAUAAGUCUUUGAGCACUCUAGGAAUGGUUAUACAUGCCUUAGCAAAUGGUAAAAGAGAGCAUGUGCCGUAUAGAGAUUCUAAAUUGACUAGACUUCUUCAAGAUUCUCUAGGUGGAAAUACAAAAACCAUCCUUAUCGCAACUGUUUCACCUCAAGCAGAACAUGUAGACACAACGAUAAACACACUAAUAUUUGCUGACAGAGCUAAAGAAAUUAUGACAAGAGCUAAACGAAAUGAGCCCGAUACACAAAAUUCAAAUGAGAUUAUUUUGAAUCUUCAAGAAGAGAUUAAACAAUUGAAAAGUCUUUUAAGUGCUGUAAGGCUUAGUGAAAAUGCAUUAGAGCUUAAUCAAAGAAUAAUUGAGCUCGAACAAGAAAAUGAAUAUUUAAGAAGGAAAGCAGAAAUAAAAGACGCCGAAACAACGAAAAAAUCUGAAAGUAGUGAAGAAGACUACACAUCAGGAUCAAAAUCUCCUGCUGUUGAAAACGAAUUCCUCACAAUCCCUAAACCUAACCAGUCAAAAUCCCAAAAAGUUUCUCCAGAAAUUUCUGACCAAGAAAACCCUAACUAUUCUCCUUCAAAAUCCAACAAAAACACAAGACGCAUUAUUUUUGUAGAAGAUGCUGACUUACGUAACAAAUGCCAGUCAGAGUCUCCGUACCCUCAUACAGUCAGCAAUAAGAAUUUUUCGACUUAUAUUUCUUCAUUUCCAGCUGACAUAACUCCUUUAGGAAGAACAAGUGUACUAGCAAAAUCGACAAAAAACAUUAGAUCAUUCAAAGACUUGAUUUCUGAAAAGUAUUCGGGGCAAGAUGAAGAAAUCAAGAACGUUGGAGAAAAAAUAAGAAAUGCCCACCAUAGACUCACAUGGCUAGAUGAGCUCGAUACUGAAAGAAAAAUGAAAUUCAAGCUAGAGCUUGACAGAGUUGCUUACUCCCCCCCCCCCCUCCGUGAGCGAACAAAACCAUUAGAAAAAUCGCCAUUUUUUGACCAAAAACCCACCCUCCGUGAGUGAACAAAAAUUUUUUUAAUAGAAAAAAUUUUAAUGGAAAAAAAUUUUGAUAUAUAAGUGAUAAUUAGUAUAAUGAAAUCUAGAGCUAAUUCUGUUUAAUUUUAAACAAAUUGCGUUUUAAAACAUAAAUUUUGCAAAUUAAAUUAAUAUUUUGCUUCCCAAUUUUUGCAAAUUAGGAUUUUUUUUAAAUUUCGAAAAAAUAUUUUUUUAUAAAAUUUAUAUAUAAAAUUUUUUUUUAAAAAAAAAAAAUUAACCCCCCUCCGUGAGCGAACAAAUUGUUUUGUUCGCUCACGGAGGGGGGGGGGGAGUUAUGAAAAAAGAAAAGAACAAGAUGAGCUGAGAUUAAUUGAAGCUGAAAAAGAAAGGAAAAGGCAAAUCAGGAGAGAAAAAAGGAUCAGGGAGAUGGAAAAACUCAAGAAAUAUGAAUAUGCCAAAAAGAAAGAAGAGCUAGCACGAUUGGAAUCGAUCAUUAAAAUUGAAGAGCUGAAUAAAAAGAAUGAGGAAAAGCGAAAAGAAAAAUUGCUGGAGGAGAAAAAGAAGCUAGCUGAGUUCAUUCAAUCCAAAAAGCCAGCGAAACAAGAGAAAGGCUACAUCACUGGGACUUGAUAUUAA